AUGUCGGAGAAAAGAUUUUGUUUUCUAAUUAAUUGCCUUAGAUUCGAUGAUCGAACAACUCGUUUGCAUCGUAAAAAUGAGACAAAACUAGCACCGAUUUCAGUUGUAUGGGAUAUUUCAAUGAUCAACUGUAAAAAUAAUUACAAGCCUAGUAGUUACGUCACAAUUGAUGAACAGUUGGUCGGCUUUAGAGGACGAUGUCUUUUCAAAAUGUAUAUCCCUUCAAAACCCACAAGAUACGGAAUUAAAAUUGUUAUGAUGUGCGACAAUGCAACAAAGUAUGUCAUUGAUUCGAUUCCGUACUUGGGUAAAGGAACUGUACCAAAUGGACAAGUUGCAGCUGACUUUUAUGUUAAAAAUUUAGUUAAAUAUAUUAAAGGUUCUAAUCGUAACCUUACAAUGGACAAUUGGUUUUGCAAUGUACCACUUAAUCAAUCACUUUUACAUGACGAUAAACUUACGGUUAUAGGAACAAUUAAAAAAAACAAAAGAGAACUUCCAACUCAGUUCACUGAUAUUAAAUUUCAAAAUAGAACUUCCGAUACAUCGUUUUUUCUAUUUCAUGAAGAUUUUACGGUUGUUUCUUACAAACCAAACAAAGUAAACUUGUGA